AUGAAAUUAAGGACAUCUGAUCCGUCGUAUGUGAAAGCCGUCGAAAAAUGGUAUUCCCUAUUACUACCAAAGUUGGUGCCAAUGCUGUAUAAAAACGGCGGACCAGUUAUUAUGGUUCAGAUUGAGAAUGAGUACGGAUUUUGUUAUGCCUGUGAUUAUGCAUACACUUCCCAUUUACGGGAUCUACACAUUAACUACUUCGGCAAAGAUGUCCAACUGUUCACCACUGAUAGCAAUGGAGACCAUUACUUAAAAUGCGGACAAAUUGAUAACGUGUUGGCAACCGUUGAUUUUGGUUCCAACGUUGAUCCCGUCCAGGCAUUCAAACUCCUGAGAGCGCACCAGAAGUCUGGGCCAUCGGUUAACUCCGAGUACUACACGGGUUGGAUAGACCACUGGGAACGACCCCAUUCUACCGCCACUUCCCAACAAGUGUGCAAAACAUUGGACGCUAUCCUAGCGCUGAACGCAUCCGUCAAUCUAUAUCCACUUCACGGCGGGACGAGCUUUGGGUUUGGUUCCGGUGCUGAUUUAGAUGACAAUGUAUACGAUCCCUGUAUUACGAGCUAUGACUUCAAUGCCCCACUCACUGAGGAUGGAGACCCCACUCAGAAAUACUUUGAUGUCCGCAAAGUUAUUGGAAAAUAUUUACCACUUCCUAACGUUACACUCCCGGUGCCGUCACCUAAAAUGGAGACCAAACCAAUAGUCAUGAAACCGAUUCUUAGUAUAUAUGACAUUAUCUCAUCCCUAACUCCUAUUGAAUCGGUAUAUCCAUUGAGUUUCGAAAAAUUGAGAAUAAAGGAUGGAUUCAUACUCUACUCGACAAACAUUACAUUCAAUCCGUCAAAUCCGGCCGUUUUGGCAAUAAAUGAGCUCAAAGAUAGGGCACAAGUGUUCGUCAAUCAGAAAUAUGUGGGAACUUUAAGCCGGACACAUAAUAUACAUAAAAUAGAUUUAAACAUAGCGUUGGGAUCACAACUGGAUUUAUUCGUUGAAAAUCAGGGAAGAUUUUCUUUUGGGGAUACUAUCAAUGAAUUGAAAGGAAUCACAUCUAAUGUGACAAUAGGUUCGGUAGUAGUGGAGGAUUGGAGCCAUUACUUGGUGUUCAAGAAUUGGACUAAAAGUAUGGCUGAUAUUCACUAUUAUUCGGAUGCCUUCUCAACACAUCCCACUCCAGCGAAAGAGAGUUCAUUUGAUAGGAUUCCCUCAUUCUAUACGUCAGACUUUGUAUUACCCGACACUAAGGGAUACCCUUUUGACACAUUCCUGCGUCUGGACGGAUGGCAUAAAGGGAUUGCAUUUCUCAAUGGCUUUAAUUUAGGUCGAUAUUGGACUGUCGGCCCACAAAUCACUCUAUACUCACCGAAACACCUGUUCAACGCAUACCCCAAAGCAAACAAAUUACUAGUCUUUGAAUUGGAAAGUCCUUCAAACAGUAAAACCGUUCAAUUCGUGACCCAAAGUGUUUUGAACGCAACAAAUGUUUUAUAA